AUGAGUAAAUCCACAUCAUCUCCUUUCUCAAAUCAAGCUGCCUUAUCUGGCACCAAACAGUCUACCAUCACGUCGUCCUCUAAUUCAUCUGGAUCUGGAGGAGCCUCCGCUUGGGCUCGUGGACCACCUCCUACUGCUUCAAGUUCAGGUUCAGGUUCAAAUACACCAAACUCCAAUACCAACGCUUUACCAAAUGGUAACGGCAAUGGUAUAAAUACAAAUGGAUCAAAUACAGUUCCAGUUCCAAUCACAUCCGCAGGUGGUCAUAGUAGAAAAAGCUCAAUGCUAGUCGGUGGUGGUAUGGAUAUCAAACGUGGCAAUAUCGCAUUCGGUACGGUUGAUCAUCCCAACCCUAUGCUCUCAUCAUCUCCCGCCGCUCCUUCAACAACCGGAGCUCAUUUAUCGGAUGCUGUUAAAUCUUUCGGUUCCAUCGACGCUGAAGCAUCAAACGAUCCAAAUGCUGUAAAGACAAAGAGAAUGAGUUCUUUAGGUCCCUCUUCAUCAAUCAGUACAGUAGCCGGAGGAAGUGCAGGUGCAGGUACCGCGCCAAAGAAAAACCUGGAUUUACAUUCACUUUUCGCUGGAAAAGCUCAAGCUCAAGCUCAAUCACCUGCCCCAUCUGCAAUGUCACCGCCUCUACAUGCACCUAUCCCUCCGGCUCAUGAUCGACGACAGUCAAUGGGUCAAUCAGGUUUCCAACCUGGACCCAACGGGCUACCGAAUUCCCCUUACGCUGGCUCUCCCCAUCUCCGACCACCAGGAAGUGGUCUCCCAAAUCAACAACGGUCACCGAUUCCCAAUCAAGCUAUCCCACCUUCUCAAUACAACCAUUCUGCUCCCACACACGUUCAACAAGGUUUUCGACCACCUCAACAAGGAGGUAUGCCUCCCCAGCAAUCUCAGGUCAGACCUAACGGCGUAGGUCCUCAAGGUAUGCCUAGACCGGGUAUGAUGAUGGGUCCAGGUGGAAUGGGAUCAUACGGUAUGCACCCCGGCCCUCAAGGUCCAGGUUAUCCUAUGAUGCAAUAUCCUCAGCAGAAUUACUACGGUGGUUACAAUCCCUAUGAGCAACAGCAAUACAACCAACAAUGGGCUCCCCAACAACACCCCCAAAACCAACAAUACAACAGUGUUGGAUAUAAUCCUGCUCAACAACAAUCGGGUCCUUUAUCUCCUAGAGCCGCUCAAAGCCAACUUGCCCCUUCUCAAUCACCCAUGCCCCCAUCUGCUACACUCCCCAGUAGCGGUGGUGCCAGUCCCGUUCCUACUCCCCCUACUCGACCUCCGUCCCUUAUGAGUGGUCACCAAGCUGCACCCUCCAGUGCUUCGGCCGCUUCUAUACCCGGAACUCCUCAACGGCCGAUGCCUCCUGCGUUCACUCCCCAACAGGCUCAAAGCCCUUCCACCCCUGGUUUCCCCCCUCACUUAUCUGGUUCAGCGCCAACAUUCACACCCAGACGUUCGAAUGCUAUCAAUUUCAAAAGACCUGACGGUAGUGCUUUCGAUAUCAAGGAAGUUGCGAAAGCAAGUGUCAAACCUACUUCUCCAGUACCUUCCAGUGGUCCAGCUACUCCCGAAAUCCCCAGCGAAGGAUCUCAGCAAGAAGCUCCCAAGAAAAAGCUUGCUUUGCCUGUUGUAGUAAGAAUCGAGUCAGAGGAACAGAAGAAGGCUCGAUUAGCUGAAGACGCUAAUAAAGAGAAACGCAGAUCGGAAGAAGAGAAGGAGGAAAAGGAGAGACAGGAAAGGAAAGAGAAAAAGGCAAAGGAGGAAGAAGAACGAAAGGCUAAAGAAUCGGCAGAGAAGGCCGAAAAGGAGAAAUCCGAAGCCGAAUUGAAGGCAAAGAGCGAUGCCGAGGCGGAGAAGAAGAAAGUGGAGGAAGCUUUCGCUGCUGAACAAGCCGCUGCCGCAAAGAUCGCUGAGGAGAAGGAGGCCGCAGCGAAAGCUGUCCGAGAAUUAUCGGAGAAGGCGGAACAAGAGAAAGCUGCCGCUCAUGCUGCUGCUCAAGAAGCUAGAGAGAAGGCCGAGGAACAACGACGAGCUCUUGUGACUCCUGUCACAUCUACCCCAUCUUCUCCUCUUGCUUCUCCAGCUCUCGGUGCCGGUCUUCCCGCCAAGCCAGUCGCCGCUGCUAUUAAUGGUGCGCGACGAGCCCCUCCUUCUGCCCUUGAUCUGAAAUCAUCAUCCCCUGCCCUCGGUGGCGAUGAGUCACCCAGCGCCUCUCAAUCCGCUCUCAAUACCGCCAAACCCAUCGAAGACAUCGCUUCUAUCGUAUAUCCUGGUUCUAUGAAAUCACCUCAACCCCAGCUCAACGUUGGAGCUGAACCCGGCAAGUUCAGAUACGACCGAGACUUCCUCAUGCAAUUCAUGGGUGUCUGUAGGGAGAAGCCUGAAAGUCUCCCUCCUCUUGAAGAGAUUGGUCUGGAAGCAGAUGCAUCCAGUGGAUUCGGCAGUCGAGGAGCCAGAGGCGGACGAAACUCAACCGGUCCAUCAAGUAGAAGUGCGAGUGGUGCAUCAACUGGUCUCGGUAUCGGUGGCAUCAACCGACCCUCUUUCCCUGGUCAAGGUAUGGGAUCGUUCGGAAUGGGUCAAUUCGGUUCUGGUUCAGGUUCUCUUCGUGGUACAACUAGUGAGCAACGAUAUCAAGCUGCUCUUCGAGGUGGUGCAAUGGGUCGAUCACCAAGUCAAGGUGGUCCCGGUCUUCCUGGAAUGUCUGGUCUACCUUCUAUGGGUCCCUCCACUUCUCGGUCUGGUGCUAGUCGAGGCAGUCAACGUGGAACUAAGCGAGCACCUCAAGAUCCUCGAGCAAGCUUGUCACAAGAACCCGCUCCUCCUCCUUUACAAAUCUCUGGAAACGCUUGGACUCGAACGCGGCUUGGUGGAGACGACGAAGGUUCUCCUGCUUACAUCGAGCGAAAAGUUAAAUCCCUGCUCAAUAAGCUUACUGAAGAGAAGUUCGAUGGUAUCUCCAAGCAAAUUUUGGAAUGGGCCGAUAAGUCACAGGCUGAAACUAACGGUAUGACCUUGAAGCUUGUCAUCAAGCUUAUCUUCGAGAAAGCAACCGAUGAAGCUCAUUGGUCUGCAAUGUACGCUAAACUCUGUCGGUUGUUGAUGGAAAAGUUAGACCCCAAUGUCACUGAGGUUCUUGAAGGCAAGCCCACUUCAGGCGGUAUCUUAUUCCGAAAAUACUUGCUUGGUAGAUGUCAGAUGGAUUUCGAAGCUGGCUGGAAAGCUAGGGAAGAUACAGCUGUCGCUGCUGCUGCCAAGAGCGAGGAAGACAAAGAACGAUUGGCUAAACAACAAAAGGAUAAAGAAACUGAGAAAGAAGGUGACGCUGAUGCUGAAACCGCAGCUGUCAUGCUGUCAGACGAGUACUACGCUGCUCAAAAAGCAAAGAGAAGGGGAUUAGGUUUGGUUCAACUCAUUGGUGAAUUGUACAAGCUCGAAAUGGUCUCAAAGGGUGUUAUUCGAACAUGUCUUAUUCGACUACUCGGUAAUGUCACCGAUCCCGAUGAGGAAGAUAUCGAAUCUACUGUGAAACUCUUAUCUACCAUUGGUGAAGCUUACGAUAAAGCUGCUCCUGACAACAUGAACACCGUGUUCGAGAGACUGCAACAGGUAGUCAACGCUGAAAACAUUUCUUCUCGUAUCAAGUUCAUGAUUAUGGACAUUAUGGACUUGCGAAAGGCCAAGUGGAGAUCAAGAAACAAGCAAGCCGGUGUGAUGACCAUCGCCGAGAUCCAUCAACAAGCUGCCGAGGAGAAAGCUGCUUCUGCUGCGUUAGCGAACCAAGGAUCCAUUUCGCGAGGUGGAUCCCGAGCUGGUCGAUCGAGAGACGGACCUCAACCUGGCGAAUGGCAAUCUGUUGCUCCCAAUCCACGAGCUGGACUUGGCCGACCGGCCGAUUUCUCAAACAUCGGACGUAAUAUCAGCUCAUCUGGUAUGCCUUCUGCACCUACUUUCGGACCUUCAAGUGUCUUUGCACGAAAAGGAAAGGCAGGUGCUGCUGGAACCGUUACUCCUCCUCUUUCUCGACAACCUUCUUCCGCCAACAUGUUUUCUGCCCUCAACGAAGCGACCGAUGCCGCCCCAGUUGAAGAAAGAAGAGGUAGUGCGGAUGCUGGAGAGACUGGUCCUCAAAGGAAGAAACUCCAACUCGCACCAAGAACUAAACCAUUACCAGGUGACGGAGAAGAGGGAGGUGAAGAAGGUGAAUCAGAAGAAGAGGGCGAAGCUGAGGAUGAGGAAGAAGGUGACGAUGCCGCCAAAGAAGAUAAAGCUGAAAUGGGAGAAGAAGCAGCUAAAACCAAGAUCGCUUCUGAUAUGAAAGAACUGUGGGGUGAGAAAGAUCAAGGUGGUUCAAGAGAUCCUGAAGACAUCGUCGAGUACUUCAAGACAUUGCCUGAGAACAGAAGAUCGCUGCUGGCUGUGAGAUUAUUGGAAGAUGUAUUCAGAAUAGCAAAGGAGAAAGACGCGAAGAUAGUUGCGAAAGGUUGGAAAGCUGCUUUAGAUGCUGGUGUUACGACUCCAGAGGUAUUAAGGACAGCUGUCGAGGCCAGAAUGCCAACGCUGGAUGAUGACUCGCUCGAUUUCCCAUCGGCAUUCAAAGCGAUUGGAUACUUGAUUAGACCAUUAUCGUUAACAGCAGAGGAAGUCAGUGCUCUAGGAGAUAAAAUCGAUGUUUAUGGUACACCAAGAAUAACACCUAAAGAUAAAUUUGAAAAAGCUCUUGGUCAAAUAGAAGAGGAAGAUUCCUCGGCUUAA